AUGCGUUCAGCAACUCGAGCCCUCUUCACCUCGGCCAUGCUGGCUGUGGCCAACGCCCAGGGCGUCAUUGUCAAGGCAGUCGGUGACUCUGGCACUAGCACUGGUCUUCAAGUCAACGCAAAGGACCCUGCCGACGCCAACUUCAUCUCUACCGCGGAGCUGACUGCCAACGUUGUCAAUGAGUGCGGGCGUACUCUGUCUGGUGGCAACAUCGACAUUGGAGAAAACACCGAGAAUGCUCUGGCGGCUAAGCAGGUCACUCAGGUGACCAAGGGCAGCACGGUGACCAUGACCAUCAACCAAGUCAACGCGACGGGCUCAGGUCCAUUCACUUGCGAUCUGGACCCAACGUCAAACGCCCUGGGAACAAGUGGCCAGACACCACUGACUGUGGCGCAAGGAAAUGCUAAGGAUACCACUGGUGAAAUGCAAAUAAAAGUCACUUUGCCAAAGGAUAUGGCCUGCACGGGAUCAUCACAAGGAAACGUGUGCACCGUCCGCUGCCGCAACGCCCAAGACUUUGGCGGCUGCAUCGCAGUCCAGCAGACGGACACCACCCCCCUGCCGGCAGACAACGACCCGUCCAAGAUCACCUCGGCCCAGACCCUGGAGGGCAUCAUGGCGCAGAUCGCCCAGAACAAGAAGGAUCUCCCCGCCGCCAUCCAAGGAAACCAGAACGCCGGCUCGGUUGCUGAGCAAGGCCCGGAUAUCGCCCAGGCCAUCCUGGACUCUGACAAGGCCAUCACGCAAGACACCACCAAGGAAAUCGCCACGAAUGCCAAUGCCGCCACCACAGGCAAUGCCAACGCCAACACGGGCACAGGCAACGCCAAUACCAAUGCAGGCACAGGCAACGGCAAGAAGGGAGGAAAGAAAGGCGGCAACGCUGCCGGGGCCAACGCUGCCGGAGGCGCCGCGACGGGAGCCGCAACAGGAGCCACAACAGGUGCUGCGACAGGAGGCAACGGUCGUGGCCGCGGGAAGAACAACAACAACAAUGCUGGGGCGGGCGCGGCUGCUGGAGCGGCUACUGGAGCGGCUACCAACAACGCGGCCGGCGGUAAUGCUGCCACCAAUGCUGCGACUGGUGCUACGACUGGUGCUACGACUGGAAAUGGAAACGGUGGUGGACGUGGCCGAUUCAGCGGCAACAACAACAAGCGCAUGGCACCUGCUGAGCGCCGGGCCAAGAGAUAUGUUGAUGUUGGCAAGGACUUCUCGGUUGAGGGCAACUAG